GAGCGAUAUCUCUCUGAAACUGGACAAGUAAUACCCAUGCCGGUACCAUCUAGCUAUAACGAUAUAACCGAAGACGGAAGGAUUCGGGAUUUUAUAGGCUGGGCUUGGUAUGAUACUGAAUUCUUUCUCUCCAGCGACUGGACUAACAAACGAGUGGUCUUAAGAAUCGACAGCGCCCAGUACAAUGCUAUUGUAUGGGUAAAUUCUAAACAAGUAAUGACUCAUCAGGGAGGCCAUAUUCCAUUCCAGGCAGACAUCAACCAAUAUUUGACAGUUCCAUCUGAUGGUCCAAAUCGUUUAACCGUGGCGGUAAACAAUACUUUGACUCCUUACACCAUUCCACCUGGUACCAUAGAUUGGCCUGGUAAAGACAGUCCAAUACCAUACCCACCCAACUAUUUUACUCAGACAUUACAAAUGGAUUCCUUCAAUUAUGCCGGUAUAGAUCGUCACGUUAGCCUUUACACUACACCAAAAUCAUAUAUUGACGAUAUUACUGUUACUACUAAUAUUGUUGACACUACUGGAAUAGUUAACUACCGGGUUGUUACCGUUGGGGAUAUUCCCCAAGGUGACAUUACCGUACGAAUACUGAACAGGACUGGAGCAAUUGUCGGUCAAGGAGGUGGUUCCUCGGGAACUAUAAAGAUCCCUAAUGCUAAUCUCUGGUGGACCGUCAACACAAACAAUUUACACCAACCAGGUUAUCUGUAUACGCUAGAAGUUCAUACCGGAGAAGAUGUAGAUGCAGACGUUUAUCGACUUCCUUUUGGAAUUCGCACGGUCAAGGUUGUGGGUAGAAAACUUCUAUUAAAUAACGAAGAGUUUUAUUUUAAAGGAGUCGGCAUCCAUAACGAAGCCGAAAUUAGAGGACGUGGAUUGGAUUAUGCAAUGAUCGUUAAAGAUUUUAAUCUGAUGAGAUGGGUGGGAGCGAAUAGUUUUAGGACAGCCGUGUUUCCGUUUUCCGAGGAAUGGAUGGACCAAGCCGACCAGCAAGGAUUUUUAGUAGUAGAUGAAGUUCCAGCAGUUGGAUUAAACAGCCUUGAUAAUCUCAGCAACCAAACUCUUCAAAAUCAUAUGAACGCCAUGUCAGAGCUUAUACAAAGAGAUAAAAACCGCCCAUCUGUAUUCCUGUGGUCGGUUGCCAACGAACCAAGAACCGACCGUCCAGAAAGCCUGCCUUACUUCCAGACCAUCAUCAACUUCACUAGAUCUCUGGACCCAAACAGAUUAGUUAGUUUUAUGUGCAAUCAUGAUUUUAAUUCAGACAAAUGUGUACACUUGGUGGAUCUUAUUUUCAUUAAUAGAUAUGUUGGCUGGUAUUCCCAGACAGGACUUCUAGACUUAAUUCAACCCCAACUGAAAUAUGAUCUAGAUCAGUGGGCUGAAACCUUCAACAAACCUCUUGUUAUCUCUAAAUACGGUGCUGGGACCAUGCCUGAAAUACAUCGAGUACCAUCUACAGUAUUUAGUGAGGAAUAUCAGAUUGACUUUCUCAGUAGAUAUCACAGAACUUUUGACAGCGCACGUGGUAAUUUAACCGGGGAAUUUGUAUGGUGCUUAACGGAUUUCAAUACUUAUCAGUCCAUAAAAAGGGUGAACGGCAACAAAAAGGGAAUAUUUACCCGGGAACGACAACCUAAGAUGUCGGCAUUUAAUCUUCGCCACAGAUAUCUAACGUUCAAUAAUACAGACUAUUGUACUAAAAACCCUUAUACGUAAGUCUUUCUGUGAUGUCUCUAUAGUCCGCUAAUAGCACGUAGGCUAAAUUAAAUAACAUUACUCUCGGGGUGUUCAAAUCGCUGUUAAAAGUAGAACGUUAAGAAAUCAAUAUAGUUCAUUAUUCUGAGUGUUGGUGCCAUAAAAGCCUUUCUUUAAUAUUCCGCUGGGUCGUACAAUGACAAUUUGGCAGCGACUUCUAAUCUUCACAAGGCAACCCGUAUUUUUUAAGAUCUUAAAGAGGCAACAUCACCAGGCAAUCAUCGCCAUUUAGUUGAAAAUAAUUUGACGUUAUUUGUCUGUUGCAACUGCAGGUAAAUGUGUACAUAUUACAUUUUGUGGAAAAAUUUAGAUAAAUUAUUAGUUUUGUACUGUACGCCAACACAAUAUUAUGGUAACUGAUUA